UAGCGCUUUUCUGCUAACUAAAUGCGCAAAUUAAAACUAGUCGAAUCAACAGAAUCAUAUCAAAGUCGAAAUCAAAAUACAUGCAAUUAAAUCAAAUAAAAGAAACACACGAAAAACAGGCAGAUGGCCGAUGAAACUGGAAACCGCCAAAAGUGAUACUAAUUUUAAUGAAAAGUGCACAACCACAAACUGAAACAGCUACGGCACAACUCGCAUUACACUGCACCCAAAAAUAAUCACGCACACAAGCGCACAUACAUACAAACGCAUAUAAAGAAAAAAUAUACGCACUUCGUGCUAAAAUUUAAAUAAGAUAAAGUGCAGUGAAAAUUUAGCCUCAAAAUGGUCGACGACUUUUCACCGAUGCGCGUGCAGAAGAAAACACGCAGCGCAUCCAUUUGCGCGACCAGCGGUGGCAGCAUCGAAACGGCCAUACAUAAUAUGCAACCAUAUGGAGCGGCAUCAGGCAGUGCCACACCCGAAAGUGGCGGCACGCCCGGUUAUCGGCGUCGACGACCGGCCACACGGUCACAGAGUGCGCGCAUCACCAGUGGCGCAAAAUCGGUGCGCCGAAGAGCUCAAGUGCAAGCACAACAACAACAGCAACAAUAUAACUUGGAAAAUGCGCGCUCCUACUGUACGAGCGAACCGCGUCUCAGUGAAACGGAAACACCGCCGCAAAGACGCAAAUUAUCACAGCGUAGACCGCAACAGCAUGCACAGCGAAAAUCAAAUGCUUUCCUCGAUGUACCCGCAAUGCAUCAUUUGCGUGUCAGCGACGAUGACGAAGAUUUGGAUCGUUUGCGCACAUUCAGUGCUUCCAAAGGCGGCGUCAUCAAUCGCGGCGAUUCGUUUCGACGUCGACGUUCCCGCAGCAACAGUUUGGCACCGGUGAGUCCAAUACAUCCGCGUGCCGGCACCGGCGGCGUUGGACUUGGUGGCAGUGUUGGUGGUGGCAUUAACGGCGAUUACUCGGGUGCACAGAAUGAGCCGCAUCAACAACAACCUGUCGAAGUGUUUUGCGUGGAAAUGCUCGGCGCAUCCGGUGUGGGCAAACAGGCAUUGAUCCAGCAAUUUCGGACGUCUGACUGCAUCAAUGCGUAUGACGGACCCGAAUGUGAUGUAGCGGAACAAAAUAUUUCAAUAAUUCUAAAUGGCAUCGAAUCGGAAUUAAAAUUCUCGACGGGUCAGCAAGACAACAAGGAUGAACUAGAAAAGGCUGAUGCUUUUCUUGUGAUCUACUCUUGCAUUGACAAGGAGUCAUUCACACGCGCCAAACAUAUACUUUCUCGUUUACAGGACAUGGAUUUGAUACGUACUCGUCCAAUUAUUUUAGUGGCGAAUAAAAUUGAUUUGGCACGUUCACGCGCGGUUUCUUCACAAGAUGGCAAAUGCGUCGCUUGCACUUUUGGCGCCAAAUUUAUUGAAGUCUCGGCUGGUAUCAAUCACAAUUGCGACGACUUACUGGCUGGCACUUUGACACAAAUUCGUCUCAAAAAGGAUCAAAAUUUAUUACAAAAAUCCAAAGAAAAGCACAAAGACAAAGAUAAUAAAAAUAAAGAAAGAGAAAAUGUUAUUGGCAAGGCUUUAGAGCACAAUGGCGCUGAUUGUGUAAAUGAGAAAAACUCAGAAAAUUUGGGCAAUCGAGAUGGUGCCUCCUCGCCGGCGCACUGGUAUAAAAGUCGCAGCGUUGUGUUGGCCAGCAUGAAAGCGCGCCAAAUGCUAACCUGGAUAUUGGGCAAAGAGGAUUCGAAAUUCAAGCAUUGCGAGAAUUUACAAGUACUCUAAAGAGUAGCGCACAUUAUGGGACAAGAUUUAAAUCGACGUACAACUGAGGAAUAAUAGGAGGAAUAUAAUUGGACUGUCAGAAAAAUAUGAUUAAAUCGCGAAAUGAAAGUAAGCGGAACGAGAGUGUGUAUGUACUUGUAUAUACUAAAUAAAUUUGUGUAUGUGUAGAUAAAAUAUUUCAUAAUAACAGAUCGUAUAUAAUGCCAUUUAUUUACUUUAUUAUGUACUUAUUAUAUUUAGCUAUAUUUAUGUAGCUAGCUGUAAACAAUUUAUAUAUGUACAUUUGUAUAUUCUAUGGUAAACGUAGACGUAGUCGUAUUUACUCCAACUUGCUUGAGAGUUUAGGUUAGGUGUGACAUGAAUCAAUAUUCUUAUACCAAUACAUGUAGAUUUCUAUGUACUGGUAUUUACAUAAUACAUGCGUAAUUGGAUGACUUCCUUGAAUCUCAAAAUAUUGUAACAUGGCAUAAGCGCAUUAGCAUUACAUAUCUUAGUAGCAGAGAGAAAACAGAGGGAAAUUGUUGCUAAACUGUUACUUACAGAAAUGCCUGCGAUCAAGCGCCUUCACAGUCAAAUCAAAACCUACAGAAUCAAACAACCAAUUGCCCUUUUAAGAAAACCGGUUUCGUUGUAAAUUUAAUUGUACUGUAACAAAAGUUGCCACUGAUUUACAUGUAUAUGCAGAUAUAGUAUACUUAUAUAUACCA